GGAGGCAAGUUGCCUUUGAGCAACUCUCUCAGGAUCAACUGCCUCCCCAUCACAUUCCUUGCUCCAAAGCUGUUUCCUCUGCUUGUGCUGAGAGCUGAUGCUCAAGGCGCAUCGCUUUUCAAGAACUGGACCAUGAACAACUUUAUCCUCCUGGAAGAACAGCUCAUCAAGAAAUCCCAACAAAAGAGAAGAACUUCUCCCUCGAACUUUAAAGUCCGCUUCUUCGUUUUAACCAAAACCAGCCUGGCAUACUUUGAGGACCGUCAUGGGAAAAAGCGCACGUUGAAGGGCUCCAUUGAACUCUCCAGAAUCAAAUGUGUUGAGAUUGUGAAAAGUGACAUUAGCAUCCCCUGCCACUAUAAAUAUCCUUUUCAGGUUGUGCAUGACAACUACCUCCUGUACGUGUUUGCUCCAGACCGUGAGAGCCGGCAGCGCUGGGUGUUGGCCCUUAAGGAAGAAACAAGGAAUAAUAACAGUUUGGUGCCCAAGUAUCACCCUAAUUUCUGGAUGGAUGGGAGAUGGAGGUGCUGUGCUCAGAUGGAGAAGCUUGCAGUGGGAUGUGCCCAGUACGACCCAACCAAGAAUGCUUCAAAGAAGCCUCUUCCUCCUACUCCUGAAGACAACAGGCGAUCACUCCAUGAACAUGAAGAAACCCUGGUCAUUGCCUUGUAUGACUACCAAACGAAUGAUCCUCAGGAACUCACGCUACAGCGCGAUGAGGAGUACUACCUGCUGGACAGCUCUGAGAUUCACUGGUGGAGAGUUCAGGACAAGAACGGGCAUGAAGGAUAUGUGCCCAGCAGCUAUCUGGUGGAAAAGUCUGCAAAUAACCUGGAAACCUAUGAGUGGUACAAUAAGAGUAUCAGCCGAGACAAAGCUGAGAAACUCCUUUUGGACACAGGCAAAGAAGGAGCCUUCAUGGUACGAGACUCCAGGACUCCAGGAACAUACACCUUGUCUGUGUUCACCAAGGCCAUCGUAAGUGAGAACAACCCCUGUAUAAAGCACUAUCACAUCAAAGAAACAAAUGACAACCCCAAGCGAUACUACGUGGCCGAGAAGUAUGUGUUCGAUUCCAUCCCUCUCCUCAUCAAUUAUCACCAGCACAACGGAGGAGGCCUGGUCUCUCGGCUUCGCUACCCGGUUUGCUCCUGGAGGCAGAAAGCCCCGGUCACGGCAGGGCUGAGAUACGGGCAAUGGGUGAUCCAACCCUCGGAGCUCACUUUUGUGCAGGAGAUUGGCAGCGGGCAGUUCGGAUUGGUGCAUCUUGGCUACUGGCUCAACAAGGACAAGGUGGCCAUCAAAACCAUUCAGGAAGGAGCUAUGUCAGAAGAGGACUUCAUAGAGGAGGCUGAAGUCAUGAUGAAACUCUCUCACCCCAAACUGGUCCAGCUGUAUGGGGUGUGCCUGGAGCAGGCCCCCAUCUGCCUCGUGUUUGAGUUCAUGGAGCACGGCUGCCUGUCGGAUUACCUGCGCAACCAGCGGGGGCUCUUCGCGGCAGAGACCCUGCUGGGCAUGUGCCUGGACGUGUGUGAGGGCAUGGCCUACCUGGAAGAGGCGUGCGUCAUCCACAGAGACCUGGCUGCCCGAAAUUGUUUAGUGGGAGAAAACCAAGUCAUCAAGGUGUCGGACUUUGGGAUGACAAGGUUUGUCCUCGAUGAUCAAUACACCAGCUCCACAGGCACCAAAUUCCCGGUGAAGUGGGCUUCCCCGGAAGUCUUCUCCUUCAGUCGCUAUAGCAGCAAGUCGGACGUGUGGUCCUUUGGUGUGUUGAUGUGGGAAGUCUUCAGCGAAGGCAAAAUCCCAUACGAAAACCGAAGCAACUCGGAGGUGGUGGAAGACAUCACUACUGGAUUUCGCUUAUACAAGCCCCGCCUGGCCUCCUCGCAUAUCUACCAGAUCAUGAAUCAUUGCUGGAAAGAGAAACCAGAAGACCGGCCACCUUUCUCCAGACUUCUGAGUCAGCUGGGUGAAAUUGCAGAAUCGGGACUUUAGCAGAGACUCGGCAGCAGUUCCUGAGUAGGGGAAGAAAUCCUCCCUCCACAGAGCAUUAAAAGCCGCCACCAGCCCAGGACUCCCCAGAGGCAGCUGGCUUGCAGUGCCGGUCCCUGGGCUGCCACGGAGGCUGGCGCUCAGCCACAGGCACGAGGCUCAGCCAAUGAAGUGAGAGCAGGGCCAGAGCAGCGGCCACGCCUCUCUCUAUCCUCCCUCCAGCCUCUUAUCUCGGGUGGUGCACAAACCUCAAUCUGACAGCUUUCCGGCAACAUUUCUUGCACUUCUUCUUAGAGAGAGAGAGACAGGGUAGGGCCCUGGAUUGUUAUUUUUAUUGUUAUUUUAAACAUGGGUCUAAGGUUAAUGGUCAAGGGACUUUUCAUUUGACCUGGCAGCAGAACAUCCCAGGGGAUGGGGCAAGAAGACCAAGGAGCCUGACUCCCUAUCAAGGAGGACAGUGAGUUAAUUAAGAUCUGAAAGAGUAAGCUCCUCCGUUGUGAUGCUGUUGGCCGCAGCUUCCGGCCGCAGACGAAGGAGCAGCUGCUCACCUCAGAGGCCGGAUAUCCUGAGAAGCAGCGUUAUGAGGCUUAACUCAGAGCACACUGCCACCUGUCUCCUUGAAGGGAGCAUUAUGGACUUGGGUGAACAGUUCCAACCCCAGAGUUGGAGCCCUGGGUGUCUGGUGUCUGGGCGGAAAGAGGGCAUCUGAUGGUAGGGAACCAAGUGGUACAGAGAAAGACGUUAGGUUGUUAUCACGCUGAUGCUCACCUUUAGCACAAGCCAGGCAGGUGACUACGCCUCCCCCUCUGUACAGAAUGCUUCUGCGGGCAUCCUAGGAGGAAAUGGUUGCUUCUGCACACACACUCUGGCCGAGGACUCCAUCAUCGUGUCCCCCACCACCCCCACCUCGAGGAAUCAGCCCCCUCUCUGCCUUCUCGCAUCAACAACAGAGGGCAGCAUUGUGUUGAGCAGUGAUGUCUUGCAAAGAAAUUCAAGCUGGUUUAAGCCAUAUAGAUUUGCAGCUUUAAGGGUGAGACUUUCAGCCUCCCAAAAUUCUGGGAGAGAAACCAGGGGUCUGUUGUUGUUCAAACUAUCUGGAUGGAAACUGAGCCCGUCACUAAGUGGGGUGCUCCUCAGAUGCACAGUGUUGGCCACCGUUGAUUGAGCUCUGAAAUAUGCAAAGUGAGUGUGUCCUGAGUUACAAGACUUCUCUGCAGUUUAUCCCAAGUUCACACCAACCUUGUGAGUUAGUAUUACUAUUCCCAUUUUACAUAUUGUAAAAACUGAGGCUUUCAAAAGCCAGGACACCUGCCGAAAGUGGCAGAGCUAGGAAUUAAGCCCAGGAUUCUAGCUCAUCUGUGUCUGACUCCAGUGCACAGUUUCUUUAUUCCUAUUCAACAUGGUCUUUUACCAAGGACAAAAAGAACUGAUUGCAGAGAAAAUAAACACAGCGGAGGGAAAAGACAGAGAAAGCCAAUAAAGACAUCGACACAGCACCACAAGGAAUUAAUGUUGUUCCUGCACAGACCACUGCGGUUGGCAGUGGAGUCCUCCCACCUGGAGUAGGGUCUUCUCUUUCCUCAGCUAUAGCCUCCCCUUUGUCAGAGGUAAUGAGAUUGGACUUCGCUAAUUAACCCUUUGAUUCACUCAACCUAGCAGAGUCAUGUCGUGUGAAGCCAUUUAGGUGGGCUUCAAAGCAGCCUGGGAAGAUUCUCCUGCGGAAGUAUGUAGAAGGCUUUCUUUCCUCCAACUUUGAGCUGGCUGCAGUCUUCUUGGACACUUUGUAGGGCUGGGAAUUCCAGGAUGUAAGAGAGCGUUAGUUUUCCUGCAGUGUUCAGAUGAAACUCAGGGAGGAAUUGUUGAAUGACGUUUUGACCGGCUGGAGACCCAGGUACAUAGCUUUUAACUACAGCUAUUGUGAAACUGGAGGCCCCAAGAUAAAACUCUGUCAUUCAGAAGAUGAUCUUACAUUCAACUUAUCCAAAAUCAUCCCUCUGCACUUGCUGGCAUUUUGUACAUUCUCUUUUGGCAUCCGUAAUUAGAGAUGAUUUCUGGAACAUCCAGCCUAGAAGGAAAACAUCGGAGCUGACUGAUUUCUGCGGUCUGGUUUAGGAGACCCGCCUCGCAUGUCAUUAUCUUGUUCAAGCGCAGGUUCAUAGCGGUCUUAGCUGACCUCGUGUAGACAGUUUCGCUCCCGUUGUCCUAGCCUGCAAAAUGGGCUUUCUGGCCUGUUUGUUGUUAUUGUUUUUUUUUAAUCAUUUUGAAAAUGGUGCCACAUAUUCACAGGGAAUUCCUUUAAACAAGGUUUUGGUUCUUAAUGCAUUUUAUAGUUUUUGCCUUUUGUACCUUUUGAGACUAUGUAUUUAUGUACGCAUAGAUGGGAUAUUUAUUAGUGUACAGUCAUUGCUAGCAUUCACAAUAAAAACAUUAUGAAUGUCUCUUACCCUUCAUCAAGCACACAAAGUUAAAGGUUAGGUCCAGCAAAUAAAGCUGCCCAUUUUAAUAAC